AUGGAAAGGACCACAAAUGCAGAGAAACUUAUAGCCUACGCUUUCACAAACCGAGAUCUCCUAAAAGAGGCGCUUGUUGCCGCAGGGAGUCGCGAAGUCAAGAACGUCGACAUUCGACACGAUGGCGCAAACAAGGGCCUUGCAAUGGUCGGAGAUGCUCUGAUCCGGCUCAUCAUUGUUGACGAAUGGUUCUCCGGACAAGAGACUCGCGCAAAAUGCGAAGCAACGGUCCAAAAACUUGCUUGCAACGAACACCUCAGCACUCAGGGCCACGAAGCCAACGUCGACUCUGACAUCUUCAAAGCCACGAGCCAAAAAGGUGUUGUGGCAGUAACCACCAUGGCCACUACUGUCGAGGCAAUUAUUGGGGCCGCUUGGUACGACAGCGGGAAAACCUUCGAAGUUGUUCACUCGAUUGUGAAGAAAGCCAUUGAGUGA